AUGUUUGAUGCCAUGUCCAAAUGGCUAGCUGCUCUCCCUCGCACGAAGGAUAAGGAUGGCCCAAAUAUUCUUUCCAAAGCCCUUAUUCUCUGUUGGCAAAUUUGGGAGGCUCGGAACAAUUGUGUGUUUAAAGACAUUGCUCCUCAUCCGGUUAGAGCCCUUAAUGUUGCUGGUCAUAUUGGACUAGACUAUUGGAAAAUCCAUUCCACUCCUCCUCAGAAGUCCAAAGGUGAGCUUGCCAUUAAAUGGAAACCACAACCCCUCGAUUGGGUUAAAUUGAACUUUGAUGGCUCGGUGUGUGGUAACCUAGCUGCCACUGGUUUCGUUAUCCGGGACUGGAAUGGUAACGUUUGGCUCACGGGAGCUAAGAAUUCGGGUCAAAUUUCAAUAAAUGUUGUGAAUGUAUGGCGCUUCGUGAUGGUCUCGCCCAUGGCAAUCCAUAAUGGUUGGCGCAAAGUUUUAGCUGAAGAGAUUCCAAACUCAUUAUUGAAUGUAUCAACAACAAAGUUUUAG